GGCGUGAAGAGCCAGCCGUACGUCUGCGAGACGGGCCACUGCUGCGGCGAGACCGGCUGCUGCAUCUACUACUACGAGCUCUGGUGGUUCUGGCUGCUCUGGACGGUCCUGAUCCUGUUCAGCUGUUGCUGCGCCUACCGGCACCGCCGCGCCAAGUUGCGCCUGCAGCAGCAGCAGCGGCAGCGCGAGAUCAACCUCAUUGCCUACCAGGGUGCCUGCAACCCCCCGCCGCCCUCCGCGGGGGACCUCCGGAUGCUGGCCUCCUUCAAGCUGCCGGCCUACGAUGAGGUGGCCUGGCGCCCCGCCACGCCGCCCCCCCCGUACAGCGCCGCCGUCCUCCUCCUCGGGGGCUCCGGCUCCCUGACGCUGACCGGCAGCUCCGAGAACUCCUCCAGCUGCUCCUGCGAGUCCAGCUGCUUGACCUCCCCCAGCAGCACCUCCCUGUCGGCCACCGAGGCCAGCAGCCCCAGCGAAGGGGAGGCCGAGGGCGACGGGGGCUGCGGCCGCCCCGCGGGGGACAGCUGGGAGCGGGCGGCCCCGCCGGGCAGUCCUUUGGCGGCCGCCCCCCCCAAGCACGCCCUCUUCUCCUCCAGCGUGGAGCUCUUCGAAAGCGACUCGCGGCGCCCCUCCGAUGGGGAGGAGGGGCCCGACGCCCGGGAAGAGAGUAGCCACGCGCGGCACCGGCGCCUGACGGGGGACUCCGGGAUCGAGGUGGGCCGGGGCCAAGACGAGGAAGAGGCUGCAGGCGAGGACAGCGAGGAGGAGGAGGAGGAGGAGGGUGCCCACUUGCCUGCCAAAGGGGCAGCCGGCUGUCAGCAGGGGGAGCCCUCUGAAGGGGGCGCCGAGGAGCUGCCCCCCUCACCGACGUUGCCUGUCCGAA